AUGGACGCUGGUGACAAUAAGGAUGUGAAGCUGUCUGCAGAAGUGGAGCCGUUCAUCCCGCAGAAGAAGGGCCUGGAGGUGGUGAGCAUGAGUCUGUCUGGAGAGGCGGCGGGCAGCGGAGGGAGCGGAGUGGAGACUACACCCAUCCCCAGCUACCUCAUCACCUGCUACCCCUUUGUCCAGGAGAACCAACCCAACAGGCAACAUCCCGUGUACAAUGGAGGGGAGCUGCGCUGGCAGCAGCCGAACCCCAGUCCUGGGGGUCCCUACCUGGCCUACCCCAUCCUGUCGUCCCCUCAGCCGCCAGUGUCCAACGACUACACCUAUUACCAGAUCAUGCCUGCCCCCUGCACCCCCAUGAUGGGCUUCUACCAGCCCUUCCCUGGGCCGUACCCCGGCCCCGUGCAAGGCGUGAGCCCGGUCUCCACAGACGUCAGUGACCGAGCGCUAUCUCUGGGUUCAGCCUACAGCCUGAGCUCCCAGAGAGGGAGGGGCCUGGUGCGCUCGGGUGUGCUCCCCAAGAUGUCUGUGGUUCAGUCGCCGCUCGGGGCCUGUGAGCAAAGGGGCCGCAGACCCCCCACUCGCACUGAUGCCCGGAGCAGGGCCGUGAUGCUCGUGGACGCAGCGCAGCAAACGGACUUACCUGGUGACCGUUGUUCCGCCGACCGCGUCAGUCCUGUGUCCUGGAAGAACCGGUCAAAGCGCAGGCGGCAGCCGCAGAGCGCAGAGGGCUUUAGCGAGCCCGGCAACUGUGAGGCGGACAUCGACAGUGACAGCGGCUACUGCAGUCCCAAACACACCCAGCAGGGUGCCGCACAGCGCACUACAGAGGCCGCUCUGGGAACUGCAGUGCAGGGAGUGGAGGCUGGUGUGAUGACGGCCGGGACGUGGGGCCCUGGCGUGGCCUCCCAGGGAACACAGAAGUCUUGGGGCGACAGGAACGGGCCGUUUCUCCGAGUCGAUCAAAGGAAACCCGAACAGAGGAACUUCUCACAGGAUUUCCACAGUGGCUUUCCGCAGAGACCUGUACAGGCUGAGCAAAGGCUACAGUCUGCGGUGGCUGCAGGCUCGGAGCUUCACCCAGAGCCGCUCUUCUUCCAGGAUGAAGACGAGUUUCCAGAUUUGCCGUCAGCAGGAGCCCCUCGUAGCACUAAACCAGACACUCCUUCAGCGCAGGCGCAGACCCCUCCCAAAGUCCUCCACACGGCCCUGCUGGAGAACCUUCCAGAGAACUCUCCCAUCAGCAUCGUACAGACGCCGAUCCCCAUCACCACCUCUGUUCCCAAACGUGCCAAGAGCCAGAGGAAGAAAGCCCUGGCGGCAGCUCUGGCCACAGCUCAGGAGUACUCUGAGAUCAGCAUGGAGCAGAAGAAACUACAGGAGGCAUUGACCAAAGCAACAGGAAAAAGGAGUAAAACUCCAAACCAGUUUGACUUGGACGAGAUCCUGACAGCACUGGCCAAACAUCAGGCCCUGCAUCCUCGGCAAAUAAACACAAAACCACCGUCCAUUGCAGUGGGAAGUCUCCCUUAUUGCAUGGGCUUGGGUUUUGGGUCGGCCAUAUUGAAAACUCCACAGAACUCUGUCCCACACAAUCCUCUGGACUCGACAGCACCGCGGGUCAAACGAGGGAAAGAACGAGAGAUCCCGAAAGUGAAGAGACCCACGGCUCUGAAAAAGAUCAUUUUGAAGGAACGUGAGGGGAAGAAAGGAAAGAAAUCGACAGAACCAGAAUCCUCGAGCGUAGAGGAGCAAAGUGAUGAUUGUUUGAACUUUACAGACGACCUCACUCCAGAGCCGACAUCACAAGAAGAGAAUGGCUUGAGCGUCCCCAGUGACACGUCCCUGUCCCCGGCCAGUCAAAACUCUCCCUACAGCAUCACGCCCGUUUCCCAGGGGUCCCCCGCCAGCUCGGGCAUUGGCAGCCCCAUGACCUCCAAAGACAUCAAGAUCCACAGUCGUAGAUUCAGAGAGUACUGUAAUCAAGUGUUGAGCAAAGAUAUCGACGAGAGCGUCACAAUGCUGCUACAGGAGCUGGUGCACUUCCAGGAGCGCGUCUACCAGAAGGACCCGACCAGGGCCAAGUCCAAGCGGAGAGUUGUGAUGGGGCUGCGCGAGGUCACGAAGCACAUGAAGCACAUGAAGAUCAAAUGUGUGAUCAUUUCUCCAAACUGUGAAAAGAUUCAGGCCAAAGGUGGUCUGGACGAGGCGCUGUACAACGUCAUCGCCAUGGCGCGGGAGCAGGAGAUCCCCUUUGUGUUUGCUCUGGGCAGGAAGGCUCUGGGCCGCUGCGUCAACAAACUGGUGGCCGUCAGCGUUGUCGGCAUCUUCAACUAUUCAGGAGCAGAGGCCCUGUUCAACCAGCUGGUGGCGCUCACGGAGGAGGCAAGGAAAGCCUACAAAGACAUGGUGUCGGCCCUGGAGCAGGAGAAGGCGGAGGAGGCCUUCAAGCAGGAGCGCGGGGAGAAGAGAGGACCAGGACACUCCCGAAACCCGUCCGCUACCUCCGCAAUCUCGUUCAGCUCCAACUUCUCCGAGCCCAUCUCCGAGGUCAACGAGAAGGAGUAUGAACCAAACUGGCGGCUGAUUGUGGAGCCCUCCGACAACCUGGAGUCCGCUGACCUGGAGCCGGUACGGCCUUCGCCUGUCGCCGCGCCGCAUAAAGAGCCCCAGGACGCACAAACCAGUAGCCCCUCUGUGCCCCCCCCACACUCCACACAGACCCCCACAGACAAAGAAGAGGUGCGGGUGGACGAUCGCCUGGAGCUGGCCUCUCAGCAGAGCACAGAAACGGGGUCUCUGGAUGGCAGCUGCAGGGGCCCUCUGAACUCCUCCAUCACCUCCACCACGUCCACGCUGGUGCCCGGGAUGCUGGAGGAGGCUGAGGAGGAGGAGGAAGAGGAGGAAGACUACAUCCCAGCACCCAUCACUGUGGGAGUCCCUUCGCCCUCCCACCGCAUCGAGAUCUGGCUCCAGGAAAACCUAAAGCUGGGGAAGAGCCACGACAGCACCGAGGAAGAGGAGGAGGAGGAGGAAAAAGACGAUGAGGAGGAGGAGGAGGAGGAGGAGGAGGAGGAGCAGAGUGAUGAAGAGGAUUUGGACUCUGCCGAAGUCUCAGAGAAGAACCCAAUCAAGCAAGAGACAAUGGGCUGA